CGUGCGCAUGCUCCUCGGCCCCUUUCGGCUGGCUCGGCUAGGUCUCUGUCUUCUGAUUGGCCGACGCGGGGAAGCCGGCGUGAAUUUGAAUCCCGGGGAGCGGACAGUUGCAGAUGCGUUUGGUGGCCGCGGCGGAUCCGGCUGUCAGAAUGUCUUUUCCUAAGGCGCCCCUGAAAAGAUUCAAUGACCCUUCGGGUUGUGCUCCAUCCCCAGGUGCCUAUGAUGUUAAAACUGCAGAAGUAGCUAAAGGACCAGUGUCUUUUCAGAAAUCACAAAGAUUUAAAAACCAAAAAGAAUCUCAACAAAAUCUUAAUGUUGACAAAGAUACUACCUUGCUUGCUUCAUCUAAGAAAGGAAAGACUUUGGUUUCAAAGAAGGAGCCUCAGAAGAAUGAUAAAGAUUUGAAGAGAUUAGAGAAAGAGAUCCGCGUUCUUUUGCAGGAGCGAGGUGCUCAGGACAAACGGAUCCAGGAUAUGGAAUCUGAGUUGGAGAAGACAGAAGCAAAGCUAAAUGUAGCACUCAGAGAGAAAACAUCUCUUUCUGCAAGUAAUGCUUCGCUGGAAAAAAGGCUUAUUGAGCUAACCAGGGCCAACGAGCUACUCAAAUCUAAGUUUUCUGAAGAUGCUCACCAAAAGAGUAUGAGAGCUCUAAGCCUGGAGUUGAUGAAACUUAGAAAUAAAAGAGAAACAAAGAUGAGGAGUAUGAUGGCUAAACAUGAAGGCAUGGAGCUGAAGCUGCAGGCCACUCAGAGGGACCUCGUGGAGUCUCAGGGGAAAAUAGUCCAACUGGAGGGAAAACUUGUUUCCAUAGAGAAAGAACAGAUUGAUGAAAAAUCUGAAACAGAGAAACUCUUAGAAUACAUCGAGGAAAUUAGUUGUGCAUCUGAUCAAGUGGAAAAAUAUAAACUUGAUAUUGCCCAGUUAGAAGAAGAUCUGAAAGAGAAGGAUCGUGAGAUUUUAAGUCUUCAGAGGUCUCUUGAGGAAACCCUCACAUUUUCUAAGCAAAUAGAAGACCUGACUGUUAAAUGUCAGCUGCUUGAAACGGAAAGAGACGAUCUUGUCAACAAGGACAGAGAAAGGGCUGAAAGUCUCAAUGCUGAGAUACAGAUUGUAACAGAGAAGCUUGUUCUGGGAAAACAAGAAUAUGAAAAGCUGCAACAAAAAGAAUUGCAAAUAGAGUCACUUCUACAGCAAGAGAAGGAAUUGUCUGCUAGUCUUCAGCAGCAGCUCUGCUCAUUUCAAGAGGAAAUGGCUUCAGAGAAGAAUGUCAUUAGAGAAGAGCUAAAACUUGCCCUGGAGGAGUUGGAUGCCGUACAGCAGAAGGAGGAACAGAGUGAAAGACUGGUCAAACAGCUGGAAGAGGAGACAAAGUCGACCACCGAACAACUGAGCCGGCUAGAGGAGCUGCUGAGAGAGAAAGAAGUUGAGCUUGAGAAAAGUAAUGCUGCUCACAUCCAUGCAACCAUGACUUUACAGGAGAGGUAUAAUGAUACAGUGCAAGAUCUUAAAGACAUUACUGCUCAGUUGGAAAGCUAUAAAACAUCGACCCUUAAAGAAAUAGAAGAGCUGAAGCUGGAGAACGUGGCUCUACAAGGAAGAGUAGCCGUGGCUGAGAAGAAUGUGGAAGACGUUCAGCAUCAGAUAUUGACAGCUGAGAACACAAAUCAAGAAUAUGCAAGGAUGCUUCUAGAUCUGCAGAACAGAUCAACAUUGAAAGAAGCAGAAAUUAAAGAAAUCACAGUUUCAUCUCUUAAAAAAAUAACUGAUUUGCAAAAUCAACUCAGACAACAGGAUGAAGACUUUAAGAAGCAACUCGAAGAGGAAGAGACAAGGAGAGCAGAGAAAGAAGAUGCCGUGGCAGAGUUAACUGUGGAAAGUAAUAAAUGGCGGCUCCUUUAUGAAGAACUUUGUGACAAGACUAAACCUUUUCAGGAACAACUGGAUGCCUUUGAAGCAGAGAGGCAGGCAUUGUUGAAUGAACGCGGUGCAACUCAGGAACAGCUAAAUAAAAUCAGAGAUUCCUAUGCAGAGCUCCUGGGUCACCAGAAUCUAAAGCAAAAAAUCAAGCAUGUUGUGAAAUUGAAAGACGAAAAUAGCCAACUCAAAUCGGUGUCAAAACUCCGAUCUCAGCUUUUUAAAAGGAAACAAAAUGAACUCAGACUUCAGGGAGAGUUGAAUAAAGCUUUGGGCAUCAAACACUUUGACCCUGCCAAGGCUUUUCACCAUGAAUGUAAAGAGAAUUUUGUCCUCAAGACCCCAUUAAAAGAAGGCAACACAAACUGCUGCUGAAUUCUGAUGUAACAUCAAGGAUCAUGGAAGUAUACAUUUGAAAUACAUGAUGAAGAUUAUUCUCUUCAUUAUUCCUGAUAUUAUGUUUAUAAUAUAUAUUAUAUAAUAUAUUGUUUCUACUGCCCAUUCUUAGAUAUAUGGAAAGACAUUCAGCAUUUGUUAUGAAGAUGUCUUUUGACAUUUUAUUUUCUAUUAUGUAUCAAUUUAAUCUUUUAAUCUUUUUUAAUUUUUCUCAUCUCAUUCUGAAUAAUGGCACCUUAACUCCACAGUAACCUCUUUUUUAUCAAAGUCACUGAGUUAUUUAAUCAUUCCCAGAUUCUUUGGCUCUAUCCUAGUUCUAAACUAAAGCAUGUAGCUCGGCCUACAAACCUACAUUUUUAAAAAAAUUAGCCUGAUAAGUUUUAGAUAUACCGAAUUUUUUUUUCCCCUUCGUCUGAGAAGGAUUUUUCUGUGUAGCUCUGGCUGUCUUAGAACUCCCUAUGUAGCCGGGCGGUAGGCAGAGGCAGGCAGAUCUCUGUGAGUUCGAGACCAGCCUG